CUCUUCUCUCCACUUGCUAAAUAAAAUCCCUCUUCAAGCCAACCAAACGAAACGAAACGAGCAAACAACCCCAUUUACCACAUCCUCCGAUACAUGCAUAUAAUCCACUCCGACUACUACUCAAGAGUCCCCAUACGAAGAUCGACCCAUCCCAUCAACCAUUCCCACUCUGAUCCACUGCAGCCUAUACUUUGACUACACCUGCGAAACUAACUAAACUUACCAGACCAACAUUCUCGUUGACCACCACUAAAUCACAGCCAAGUCUAGUUUACUCCCCGCUCAGGGACCUCAUCAUCAACACUUCCAGUCUUCCCACACCCCCCCUUCUUCUCUCUCCUGUGAUUAAUUAAAAUCACCUCUUGAACCCAGUCACAGUCAGAUUCUGUACUGGAAUUUUUGUUGCUGCCCCUCUUCUCUUUUCCUCUUCCUUCAUCCUGACUAACAACUUCAACCACUCGUGCUGACAACUCUCUCCAUCACAUCCUUUUAUUUCCUGCACAACCCGUUUGAGAAAGGGGGAAAGGAAAAAAAAAAAAAAAUUCAAAUUAAAAUAAAUAAAAAAAGAAAAGAAAAAGAAAAAAUGUUGUCUAUGCAAAAAAGUUCUGCUUUUGUGUUUACUCCGACGGAACUUGACAGCAACCACCGUCAUCAAAGCAACUCCACCCGCUCGGGCAGUUUUUCGGAAAACCCCGCUCUCGCCGACUGUCCGUUCAUAGAUGACUCUUCGGUCUCCCAUCGUGCCAGUAUUAGUACCGAUGGCCUUUCUAAUGAGUCUCUCGAAUCCUGGGACGGCGACGGUCGGUCUGCUAGCUCACCUGUUCCGGAACUGGAGGUGAAGAUCCACGACGUGUCGCAGACGCUCCACUCGACUUUCCCUCCCACAACCGCAACAUUUACUUUCAACAUGGUUACAUCUCACGAGUCAGAUGUCUCCAUGGAUGACGUGACUCCCAAAAUCGAAGAGUUGGACGAUACAGAUGAGUUGCAGAGUAUAAAACCUUUGGCGGUGGAUCCGAUGGCCAAUGCGAACUCGGAGGUCACGGCUACUCCCGUCAAUGUUCCACGGAAACGUGGGCGACCUCGCAAACAUCCUCUCCCGAUUCCUGGAGGUCAACUCAAAAUCACCAAAGGUCGUUCCAAGACAGGCUGCAUAACCUGUCGGAGGCGAAAGAAGAAAUGCGACGAAACCAAGCCAUCUUGUUUGAACUGUCAAAAGAAUGCGGUUGUCUGUGAAGGAUAUCCUAAGAAGGAGGUAUGGAAGAGUGGAAAACAGAAACUAGAAGACGCCCGGGCCCAGUCUAUGGUCUCUCGCUCCCUUCCCUUUUUGAUUGACGGAAUUGAAGACGAUACCGAUCGACGCUUUUUGGACCACUUUGUCUACGGAUUCAGUCGUGUUCUGACAUUGAUCAAUGAUGACUCGAACCCCUUUAAGGAGAUCCUCCUUCCCAUGGCUACCCAACACCGGGGCCUAAUGCAUUCGCUUAUGUGCCUAUCCGGUUCACACUUAUCGGGACUUAAGCCAGAGCCGAAGUUUAUAGCCCGCAAAUACCACCAUUUCCAUUGCGCUAUCCAAGAUUUGCAGCACAACCUUCGUUUCAAAGCGUCAUCAAAACCAAGCAAUUCUGGAGAGGAUCCCGACCUUCUAGUUGAGGAUCCAAUAAUCGCGUCGACAAUAGCGCUCAGUUUAAACACGAUAUGUGAAGGUGAAACUAAGGGGGAGUACCGGAUGCAUAUGGAUGCCGCAAAGCACCUUCUGAAAAACCAGAAACCGAGGAACGAGAAAUUCCGGCAGUUCAUUGUUGAGUUCUUUCAAUACCACGAUGUUUCCAACUCGGUCACCUCACUGGACCGACGGCCGGCCCAUCUAAAUGGCGACCUUCGACUACCCGACUUUGUGCCACACGCACAGGCGGGGAUGUUUCUAGGGGUAUUCGAUGGGCUCUUUAAUUACAUCUCCGAAGUGACCAGAUUACGAGACAAAAUCAGGCAGCGACACAAUGAAGGAUAUGAGCCAGCGGUUGACUACCAGAUCCUAAGUGAGGCCGUCUCCAUUGACUCUGCUAUCCGGCUUUGGGAAACGUCAUAUCCGCCCAACACUGCAAACUGGUCUCUGGCACAGCUUUAUCGACAGUCAACCUGGGUGUACCUUUAUCGUACUAUUCGCCCUUCGCAACCAGGUGAUAAGAUAGGUCAAGUGGUGGAUGAUGGCCUGACAUACUUGGAUCAGCUUCCAGAGGACGCUGGCGCUUAUAGCAUUGUCCUGAUGCCUUUGUUCCUCCUCGGAUGCUCUGCGUUCUUGGAGCACCAGCGGGAGCGAAUCCAGAAAGGAUUCGAAACCCUUAAAUCCUACUCUAACCUUCGCAACAUCGAACCUGCAUUCAAAGUCGUAGAAAAGGUGUGGGAAGUCAUGGACUCCAACAUUGAGGAAAGUUGGGAUUGGGAGAAAAUCAUCAAAGAUAUGGAUAUGGAUUUUCUCAUUACCUGAGUCAACCUUCGCAAUUCUCAUCUGCAUUACUGCAUAUUGACAGCGUAUAUCGUCUAUCUGAAUCGACAGUUUUGGAACGGUAUCUCCGUUUCUUCGUUUUGCACUGCUCACUAUCCAUCGAGGAAGUGAGCACACGGCGUUAUGUGACCCAUGCAUGCAUUUUCUUUUGGUGUUAUUUUUCUUGCUUCUUUUGGCGAUAGGGAUGGUCGGGGGGAUGGGGACCCGGUGUCAAAAAAUCAGGAUGGGAGCACGAAUCCGUGUUUCUCUACGGCUACGGGAUAGGGGAAUGGCGUCAGUGCAUGAUUAAUGGCACACACAGACAUGGACUACAGUAUAUUGUGUCUCAGAUCUUUAUUGGUGGGGUGUCUAAGGGCGAUUGCCGGAUGACUUUCAGCUUCUAUUUUUGCCUGUAUUCUAUAUAUCCAGUUGUGUCGAUGAGCUCUUUGUGGUUUGAGUGACUUUUAUGAUCUCUUCCUUUCUUUGUAUAAUGAUCGUUGCUAUGAGUGAAUAUUUCUAUUCAAUAUUUG